AUGAGCCUGGCGCGGUCCACCAAAUGGGCGGUGAACUUCACCAAAUGGGAGGUAAGCUUCACCAAAUGGGAGGUGAGCUUCACCAAAGGGAAGCAAACCCCAUUCAGCACCUUCAGAGGAUGGAAAAAAAAAGACAAAUAUGAUGACCUUGAGAAUAAACACCUUUACUGGUCCAUAAACAACAUGAAGAAGGAAUUUCUGGAGGGAGAAACAAGUGACAAUUUUUUUUACUCCAUCGAGAAGGACAAAAUGGAAGAACACAUUUCAGACAUAGUGGGAAUUAACUCAUCCAUCCCAAAUAAUAAAACCAUAAAUGAAAGCAUGAAGAAAUGUUUGCCAAGAGAAGGAAGAAGCAAAGGAGAAAAUAAACAGAAGGAUGACGUGGGGAACACAACCAAGGAGACCAUCACUGAAGAGAAAUACAAUUUUCCUAAAAAUGACCAACAUAAGGAGGAGUCCAUUUUCAACUACGAAAGUCUGAAGGGGAAGGGACUAUACCAAGACUUAACACAUGACGAAUAUCAACGCAUGAAUGAUUUGUAUAUUAAAAAGUGCGACGUGGACAGAAAAAUCCGGUGGUUCAAAAUGAGUAGCAUUCUUAACCCCAUUAAAGAAGCAAAGAGCAUUGUAAAUGCGCAACGGUUGAGUGAGGACGAAAAGGGGAGGAAGGGGAAGAAGAAUGGGCAAGGGGAGCACAGCGUAGAAGCGGAGCACAGCAUAGAAGCGGAGCACAGCGUAGAAGCGGAUGAGUCAAUUACCCAAGUGGGGAGCACAAAACGGAUGCAGGAAUUCCCCAUGGAAGAAGACAUCAAACCGUAUUACCAAGAGGAAGGAAAUUUCUCUCAGAAAAUAAAAAGAAUAUGUGAACAAAACCAGUAUGAUGAAAUCGUGUCGAGAAUUCGAAUGAAAAUCAGAAAAGAAAAAAUGGAAAAUUCAAAAAUAAUGAAAGAGAAAAUACCAAACGUAGCUAGGCAUAUCUUAGAUCCAAUAAAAUAUCAUGUGCAUAGAAGAAGAAUACGGACAGAAAAACUUUUGCACACUCACUUGGAACAGUUACUUAAUUGUAACAAUGCUUAUUUCCGAUUUUAUUUACUAAACGGAUUGUGCAUUUCGAUUCACCAUUUGGAAAUGAAGUCGACGAGAUCUUUAUGUAAAAUUGUGUACACGUUAUUAAAUAAAAAUAUUCAUCACGACAUGAUAAAGGAUAAGUUGGAGAAAGUUGCAUUUAUUUUGAGGAAGUUACUAGCGAGGAAACUACAGCUGGGAUAUACUCCCCCUUUGAAGUUUGUUCCCUUACAAGAGGAACAGGAAAAAAAGGUGAAAAAUUUGCACUACUAUAAACUGUAUGCAAAAUAUAACUACCCCACUUUGGAGACUUCGAAUGCACGCGACAGGGGGGCACAGCUGAUGGAUUUUUAUGGCAAAGAUUUGGCCGGCUUUUGA